GGGGCUCCCGGGCAGCCCCGCUCUGCACUGCCCUGUCUCCCCACUCUGCGCAGGGCCCUCGUGAGGGCUCGGGGGACGCGCCCCUUUGUGAUCUCCCGCUCGACCUUCGCCGGCCACGGCCGGUACGCCGGCCACUGGACGGGGGAUGUGUGGAGCAGCUGGGAGCAGCUCUCGUACUCCGUGCCAGAAAUCCUGCUGUUCAACCUGCUGGGGGUGCCGCUGGUCGGGGCCGACAUCUGUGGCUUCCUGGGCAGCACCUCGGAGGAGCUGUGUGUGCGCUGGACCCAGCUGGGGGCCUUCUACCCGUUCAUGCGGAAUCACAACGACCUCAACAGCCUGCCUCAGGAGCCAUACAGGUUCAGCGAGACGGCGCAAGAAGCCAUGCGGAAGGCCCUCGCCCUGCGCUACGCCUUGCUGCCCUACCUGUACUUGCUGUUCCACCGGGCCCACGUCCUGGGCGAGACCGUGGCCCGGCCCCUCUUCCUGGAGUUCCCUGAGGACCCCCACACCUGGACGGUGGACCACCAGCUCCUGUGGGGGGCGGCUCUGCUCAUUACCCCCGUGCUUGAGGCUGGGAAGGUCCAAGUGACUGGCUACUUCCCCCCUGGCACGUGGUACAACCUGCAGACGGUGCUAGGAGAGGCCUUCGGCAGCCUCCCACCUCCACCUCGGGCUCCCCUCACGUCUGCCAUCCACAGCAAGGGGCAGUGGGUGACCCUGCCGGCCCCAAUGGACACCAUCAACCUCCACCUCCGGGCUGGGCACAUCAUCCCCCUGCAGGGCCCUGGCCUCACAACCACGGAGUCCCGGAAGCAGCCCAUGGCCCUGCUCGCAGCCCUGACCGCAAACGGGGAGGCCCAAGGGGAGCUAUUCUGGGAUGACGGGGAGAGCCUGGGGGUGCUGGAGCGCGGGGACUACACGAAGGUCAUCUUCCUGGCCAGAAAUAACACCAUCGUGAACGAGUUGGUGCGUGUGACUAGCGAGGGCUCCAGCCUGCAGCUGAGGAAGGUGACCAUCCUGGGGGUGGCCGUGGCCCCCAGCCAGGUCCUCUCCAAUGGCGUCCCUGUCUCCAACUUCACCUACAGCCCUGACACCAAGACCCUGGACAUCCCUGUCUCACUGACGAUGGGAGAGCAGUUUCUCAUCAGUUGGUCGUAACCCGGGGCCAGUGGCGCGUUGAUCCUUUACAGGAGGAGACGGAUCUCACCGUGGCCCCAGCACCUGUGAACCCUUGGUCAGGAUGUGACGGGUGGGCCUCGGGCAGAAGCCCGUGCCCCGUGUCUCAUGGCGCUGACCUCCCUCAAAUACCCAGAUCUGCAUAUGCGUCUACCUCCUGGGACCAGGGGAUCCCACGGCCUGUGGCCCAAGGGUUGCCUUGCGUGUGCAAGGCUGUUCUGGAAGGUGUACCUCUCUGAAGCUUGUCACUGGUGUGUGUGUGAUGUCGUCCGCCACCAGCUGCCUGUCUGAGACAGCGGAGGUGUGCUCGGGAGGAGGCUGCCGUGCCUGCACCCCGAGGUCGCGCCACGGGCGGCCCUGCUGCUGCUCUGGCCACCGCAGGCUGCUUUCUGGGCAACGCCCCCGGCAGCAGGUGGGGCUGCCCUCCCGUCCCAUGAGAGCGGGCCCGGGGAACUCCGGAGGAGUCACGGGACCCAGGGAAACCCUUGAUCUUAAGUGCAAUUAUUUUUAAUAAAAGGGGCACUGCAAUCAA